AAUCCCCCGAAGAUUCGAAUUCCGUUAUCCUCUAACCAAGACUCACACAUACUCCUCUGCUUCCACUAUGGCGCUCACUGCUCCUCUAGUUCACAACGCAUUUCCAAAAAUCCCAAUAAUACCCUUUCAUGGCGAAGCUUUACCGUCUUCCUCAUCCUUCAUUAGUUCUCCGCUUACACUCUCGCGUUCUUCUUCCGUUUAUGGGAACCAUUCGCUCUCGAGAAAACAGUUCGUGGUUUUCGCGAGGAAGGUUUCGGGUCUGGAGGAGGCAAUGAAUAUCAGAAGAGAGCGUGAACUUCGAGUUGUGACAAAGUUCAAGAAAAGGCCUCCAUUAAAGCGGGGCCGAGUGUCUCCAGGUCUCCCUGUCCCUGAUCACAUACUAAGGCCUCCUUAUGUUGGUACAAAUAUACUUCCAGAAAUUGCAAGUGAGCAUCAAAUUCAUGAUUCUGAAGGCAUAGCUAAAAUGAGGGCUGCAUGUGAGCUUGCAGCACGUGUCUUAAACCAUGCAGGAACUUUGGUUAGGCCUUCUAUAACAACUAAUGAGAUUGAUAAAGAAGUACACCAGAUGAUAAUUGAUGCUGGUGCUUAUCCCUCUCCCCUUGGCUAUGGUGGAUUUCCGAAAAGUGUGUGCACAUCAGUUAAUGAGUGCAUGUGCCAUGGAAUACCUGAUUCUCGACAGUUACAGAAUGGUGAUAUUGUUAACAUUGAUGUGACAGUCUACCUGGAUGGAUAUCAUGGAGACACAUCAAAAACAUAUUUUUGUGGGGAAGUCAGCGAUGAACUGAAAAGUUUUGUCAAGGUAACUGAAGAGUGUUUGGAAAAGGGAAUAGCUGCGUGCAGGGAUGGUGCACUUUUUAGGAAAAUUGGAAAGAAAAUCAGGUAAAUUAUUUAUCAUACUG